AUGGCCCAUUCCCCCAUAUCCGCCGAAUUCAUGGCUGGAACAGACAACCGACCGGCCUCGCGCCGUGCUCCAGAUACAACUUCAUACCCGACAUCUAGAGAGACAGGCGAUGUCAUCCCCAACACAAAACAGAACCCUGCAGUGAGCGCGAAGGAGUCACCCUUUGCUAAGUCAUGGGUACAUUUCGUUGCUGGCGGAGUCGGCGGCAUGACGGCGGCAACGUUAACAGCACCUCUUGACGUUCUCAAGACCCGAUUGCAAUCCGAUUUCUACCAGGCCCAGCUUCGCGCCUCUCACCAAGCUCGCGCCCAGGCUGUCGGCGCCCUCAGUCCCCUUCGAGCCGCCGCCUUCCAUCUCAAGGAGACCUUUCAGAUCCUCGGCUCCGUAUACAAGAUUGAGGGUCCUCGCGCUCUCUUCAAGGGCUUGGGUCCCAAUCUCAUCGGCGUUAUCCCUGCGAGGAGCAUCAACUUCUACACUUACGGAACCGGCAAGCGCCUGAUUGCUGAGUAUGGUAAUGGCGGCCAGGAGGCUGCUUGGGUACAUCUGUCAGCUGGUGUGUUGGCGGGCAUCACAACCAGUACGGCGACGAAUCCCAUUUGGCUUGUUAAGACGCGGUUGCAGCUGGACAAAAACGUGGCGGAGCAGAGCGGCGGCGUCACGAAACGCCAGUACCGCAAUAGUUUAGACUGCAUCCGGCAGGUGCUUCGUACGGAGGGCUUUACGGGUCUCUACAAGGGUAUGAGCGCAAGUUAUCUUGGUGUUGCUGAGAGCACAUUACAGUGGGUGCUGUACGAGCAGAUCAAGAAAGAGUUGGCGCAUAGGGAGGAACGCAUCAUCCGGAGCGGCCGGGAAAAGACUUUCUGGGACCGCACCGUGGACUGGAUGGGCAACGCCGGCGCUGCUGGCGGUGCCAAGUUGGUUGCAGCCGUCCUGGCGUAUCCUCAUGAGGUUGCGCGAACGAGGUUAAGACAAGCCCCUAUGGCCAACGGACAGCUCAAGUACACGGGGCUGUUCCAAUGCUUCCGCCUAGUCUGGGUGGAAGAAGGUCUUAUGGGACUUUACGGCGGUCUCACCCCACACCUCAUGCGUACUGUUCCCAGCGCUGCUAUUAUGUUCGGCAUGUACGAGGGCAUUCUUCGUCUUUUUAGUACACCUGCAAAGACUGGAACAAGCUUGUAA